AUGGAAAAAUAUAACCUCACAAUGGUCUCAGAGUUCUACCUCAUGAGCUUCUCAGAGGAUCCGGACCUGCAGCCUGUCCUCUUUGGACUGUUCCUGUCCAUGUACCUGCUCACAGUGCUCGGGAACCUGCUCAUCAUCCUGGCCGUCAGCUCUGAUUCCCACCUCCACACCCCCAUGUACUUCUUCCUCUGCAUCCUGUCCUUGGCUGACAUCGGUUUCACCUCCUCUGCAGUCCCAAAGUUGAUCAUGGACAUCUUAACUCACAGGAGAGUCAUUUCCUAUGUGGGAUGCCUGACUCAAAUAUCUUUUUUAAUCUUUUUUGUAUGUAUCGAAGACAUGCUCCUGACUGUGAUGGCCUAUGACCGCUUUGUGGCCAUCUGCCACCCCCUGCAUUAUGCAGCCAUUAUGAACCCUCACUGCUGUCACUUAUUGCUUUUGCUUUCAGUCUUUGUUAGUGUUGUGGAUUCUCAGCUGCAGUAUUUAACUGUCUUACAAGUUACCUGUUUCAAAGAUGUGGAAAUUGCUAGUUUCUUUUGUGACCCUUCCAAACUGCUUGACCUUUCAUGUUCAGAUACCUUAAUCAAAAACAUAGUUACAUAUAUCACUGGCAUCUUACUUGGGUUUUUCCCCAUGUCAGGGAUCAUUUUCUCCUACUAUAAAAUUAUUUCCACUACUCUGAAAAUCCCAUCAUCUGGGGGGAGGUACAAAGCCUUUUCUACCUGCAGUUCUCACUUGUUAGUUGUUUGCUUAUUUUAUGGAACAAUCCUUGGAACUUAUCUAGGUUCAAAUCCAUCAUAUUCUCCCAGGAAGGGCAUGGUGGCCUCACUGAUGUACACUGUGGUCACCCCAAUGCUGAAUCCCUUCAUCUACAGCCUGAGGAACAGGGACAUUCAUAGCACCCUGAAGAGGCUCCAUCUUUGGAAAUUCUAA